AUGCACCUCACUCAACAGGGCCAAAAGCUUGACGUAGUGUUGAGAAACCAGGGCACCACAGACUCAACUUUAAAAAUUUCAGAUUGCAGCCAUGAUCCUGAGAAGGUCGUCAUUGCUGACCCCCAUGCCAACAGUCUGGAAGAGGAUCUGGACUCGAGGCCUAAAGGCUACCUUUUCUAUUCCAUCAACGAUCACCCACCGUGGUACCUCUGCAUUCUUCUGGGUUUCCAGCAUUAUAUACUGGCGUUCGGUGGCAUCCUGGCAAUUCCUCUCAUCUUAGCGGAGCCACUUAAAAGUCAGCUCAUCUCCACCAUCUUCUUCGUCUCAGGCAUGAGCACUUUGCUACAGACCACCCUUGGGACCAGAUGCCUGCUCGUGGAUGGCCAUGAGUUGUGGAAAGCCCACAUCCGUGAGAUCCAGGGGGCCAUUCUAGUGGCCUCAGUGCUUCAGCUUGUUCUGGGUCUGUCGUGUCUCGUGGGACUAGUGCUGAGGUUCAUCAGGCCGCUGGGCAUUGCUCCCACCAUCAACCUCACUGGACUGUCGCUCUUCAUCCAGGCAGUGCAGAAGUCAGGAGCCCACUGGGGAAUUGCAGCUUUAACUGUUUGCGUGAUCCUUCUCUUCUCCCAGUAUUUGAGCAAAGUUAACCUUCCUCUCAUUGCUAACAAGGACAAGAAGUGGAAAGUCUUCCAGUACCCUCUCUUCAAACUGUUUUCUGUGAGUUCUCAGCAUGCCAGACAAUGGGGUUUGCCGACUGUGAGUGUGUCGUCUGUACUGGGCAUGAUGGCUGGAGUACUGGCUUCAACAAUGGAAUCCAUUGGAGACUAUUAUGCAUGCGCUCAUCUCUCUGGAGCGCCUCCACCACCCACUCAUGCUAUUAACCGUGGCAUUGCGGUGGAAGGCAUUGGCUGCAUCUUGGCUGGCCUGUGGGGUAGUGGUAAUGGCACCACCUCCUACACAUCCUCUGCACUUUUGAACUCUUACCCAUUUAGGACAAUUGAGGGACUCAUCCACAUCUAUUACGAGCAGCUUCAAGCCAUCAUUAAUUCUUGA